AUGGCUCCCAAGGCCUUCAUUGAUCAGCUGCCGCUGGCGACGCGGUAUGCACACUUUUACGUCGACGUGCGCAUUCACGAGCUGCUCAAUGUGCCUGUCACGACAGGCGACUUUUGCGUGGUGUACAAGGUAAAGCAUGCCGUGCACCUAUCGCGUCGCGCGCCGCAGGGGGACGACGCUGUGCCGUCGCCACAGAGUGACGCGGGCAGCUCGUCCUCUUCUGUCAUGGCGUCGAGUGCCUCCCUUGAUGAUGCUGCAUCUGCACGUGAAGGCCUGCGCAUCGAUACCCGCGUGCAGGACGAGGUGGUCAAGCGACCAUGGUAUAUGUACUCGUCUCCCUCGUCGCGCUCGUCUAGCACACACAAGCUCAUGACGCAUCAGACGCCCUAUGAGCCGAUUCGCGCCUACAAGGUCAAGUGGGAUGCGAGCAUCCAAACCAACAUACGCAUCGGCAUUCACCGGCACCUCAUUCGCUCGCGCGAAGAAGAAGCGGGCCAACUGCACUCGUCGUUCCUGCUGCUGACGGUGUACUGGCGCCGCCCUGAGGACGACGACCAGCGGCAUCGAUUUGGGCAGAUCAAGAUCAAUUUGGCGGAAUAUGCGCCCUCAACGCACGGACAGCGUACCGAGUUGCGGCAGUACUUGCUGGGCAAGUGUGCCUGCAAUGCGCUCCUGCGUCUCUCGAUUCACAUGCAUCGCGUCGACGCGACGCAUGCGUACCGCGUUCCACGUAUUCAGCAAGGCAUCCAUGAUCCGACGAGCGCACACCACGAUGAUGUACCCUCUCCGCCGCCCGCGAGCUCCUCAUCUAACGCGCCCACUGCUCCCGACACGGAUCCGAACCACGGCCUCGAAUGGCACUUCAAGCUGCCGAUGCCGCUUUUGUACAACUACAUGGUCAUACCGCCCGAGCACAUCGAGCCAGGCACGCGCGCGCCCCUCUUUGACGACGACAUCUUGGCCGACCUGCCCGAUCCCUCCUCUGGCGACGAAGACAAUGCUUCCACGACGUCUGCCAAGUCCCACCACCCAGGCAGCCGGGCGCGUAUGCGGUGGAAGCGCAUCAUGGAGUCGGUGGCUGGCGCCCGGCGCGCACCGACCGAUCGUCGCGAGGCGCUUCGAUCGUACGCCCGCAGCGAAGCGAGUCGCCAGGGCCGACCCUCUUCGCCUUCGCAUCGACGCACGCGAGCCGCGAGCGACUCUGACCAGCAUAGUCCUAUACCUUCCUCCUAG